AUGCCGGGAAGCGGUAGAAAGCCGAUGAAGGUUGUGAUAAUCAACACACACUACGUAGAAACUGAUGCAACGAGCUUCAAAUCCGUUGUGCAGAAGCUGACCGGAAAGGAUUCCACGCUGGCGAAUGAUCCGGAAGAGUCGGAGAGCAGGAUUCAUUUCAGAGAAAGAAUGGCGACGACAAGGUCCAGUAGUAGCGUUCAAAUUUUGAUGAGAAAUUCGUCCUUCAAGGAGUUUGAUAGAUUGCUUAGGGAGGUGCCGCCAUUAUUAAUGCAUGAGCUAUGUGAAUGA